AUGACGACGGAGAGCGAGAAAGUGGACGCCCUGGUGGCGGAGGCCAUGGAGGAGAGCCCUGAGGAUGUGUCCAGCGAUGGCGAGUCCGAUGUGGAGGAAUCGAAGGGCGCCGACGGCGGCGCGCCUAAGGUCCGCCAGAACAAGAACGAGCGGAAGGCGCGCAAAUUGUUGUCCAAGCUGGGCCUCAAGCCCGUCGAGGGUGUGAACAAGGUGUGCAUCAAGAAGUCCAAGCAGGUCUUCUUCGUGGUCAGCAAGCCCGACGUGUACAAGCUGCCCAACUCCGACACCUACGUCAUCUUCGGCGAGGCCAAGGUGGAGGACACCGGCGCGAGCUCCGCGCUGGAGACCGUCCAGCGUCUGUCGCAGCUGUCGUCGGCUCUGCAGGCUGUUAGCGCGGCCACCGCCAGCGUGACCAACAUGGCCAACGCCCUCAGCGCCGUGUCCGACGCUGCUGCGGCGGCGCAGGCUGCUCAGGCGGAGAAGGAAGCCAACCAGGCCAAUGAGGUGACCGACUCCCCCGAGGGCGCCGAGUCCUCAGAGUCUGCCGCGGCAGGUGCUUCGGCGGAAGGCGGAGAGGCGCCCGCCAGCGCCCGCUCCGAGCCCAAGGGCGAUGAGGCUGCGAGCCCCAAGGAAGGCGAGGCAGCUCCCGCCGCCGCGGUCGACGAGUCCGGCGUGAACCAGGGAGACGUGGAGCUGGUGGUGUCGCAGGUCGGCUGCACUCGCGAGGAGGCCGUCGAGGCGCUGUUGAAGAACAAGGGCGACAUCGUCGAGAGUAUCAUGUCGCUGUCCACGUAG